AAGAAAUACGCAUUGGAAGGUCACCACGUGGAUGAAAAUGAUUUCGAAGCCGUGAAAUGGGCAGCCAUUAUGACUGGACAAUCAACGGACUAUGUAGGGACGAAGGAAAGAAUCGAAGAAGGAGGAAAAUUUAAGGAGUUACUAGAUAAAGCAUUGACCUUCGAUAGCAAAGAUUUUGCCUUAUUACAUUUACGUGGACGAUAUGCUCAUUCAGUGGCCAGUCUCUCAUGGAUUGAACGAAAGGCAGCGGCAGUGUUUUACUCGACACCCCCUACAGCUACUAUUGAAGAGGCUUUGGAAGACUUCUUAGCGGCUUAUGAAAUUAAACCUGAUUGGAUAGAAAAUCUUCUAUAUAUUGCACGUAUAUAUUAUGCGAAAGGGGAUAAAGCAAAUGCGAAGAAAUUUCUCAGUAAAUUACUCAGUCUGAAGCCUAAUGAUGAAUCAGAACGUGAAAUGCAAGAAGAAGCUAAAAAAUUGCUGUCAAAAUGUUAA